UCAGAAUUGUUUACUCUCUAUUGUAUGUUUUACUCGUCUCCGUCCAUCUGUUCUUAGUCCUAGUCUCCGUCCAUCUGUUCCCAGUCCUAGUCUUCGUCAGUCUGUUCUCAGUCCUAGUCUUCGUCAGUCUGUUCUCAGUCCUAGUCUCCGUCCGUCUGUUCUCAGUUCUAGUCUACGUCCGUAUGUUCACAGUCCUAGUCUCCGUCCGUAUGUUCACAGUCCUAGUCUUCGUCAGUCUGUUCUCAGUCCUAGUCUUCGUCAGUCUGUUCUCAGUCCUAGUCUCCGUCAGUCUGUUCUCAGUUCUAGUCUCCGUCCGUCUGUUCUCAGUCCUAGUCUUCGUCAGUCUGUUCUCAGUCCUAGUCUCCGUCCAUCUGUUCUCAGUUCUAGUCUCCGUCCAUCUGUUCUCAGUCCUAGUCUCCGUCCGUCUGUUCUCAGUCCUAGUCUUCGUCAGUCUGUUCUCAGUUCUAGUCUCCGUCCGUCUGUUCUCAGUCCUAGUCUCCGUCCGUAUGUUCACAGUCCUAGUCUUCGUCAGUCUGUUCUCAGUCCUAGUCUCCGUCAGUCUGUUCUCAGUCCUAGUCUCCGUCCGUCUGUUCUCAGUCCUAGUCUUCGUCAGUCUGUUCUCAGUCCUAGUCUCCGUCCAUCUGUUCUUAGUCCUAGUCUCCGUCCAUCUGUUCCCAGUCCUAGUCUCUGUCAGUCCUAG